AUGCGCCCGGGAAGCCUCCUGCUCCUCCUCCUCCUGGCAGGGCUGGGGUCAGAAGCCGGUGCCGCCGGCCGGGACAGGCGGUGUGCCCCCCCUCCCGCCUUGCCAGCCUACAUGAGGAGCCUCUACCGGGCCGCCCUCCUUCCCCGCGCAGACGUCGUCCGGAGCCUUCGGCCGCACAGUGUCCAUAAAGUAGGACAGAAAUGGAGCAUCAUUUUCAACUUUUCUGUUAGUCAAGGAGAGGAGCUGCAGCUGGCUGAAUUGCGACUCUAUCUCUCCAGGCCUGGGAGAAACUUUCCCUCCACCAGUAAUCCAGUCUGGGUGGACUUAUUUCACCAGCAGGACACAAGUUGCCAGCAUGGUCACAACUGCCCACACAUUGUCCACUUGGGCUCCUUUACGGUGUCCCCACCAUUCCCUUCGAGCUGGAUAGUCCUGGAAGUCACCCAGCAACUCUCUGGGUGGUUCACCAUCAGUAGCUGGGUCAAGGAACCAUUUCAGAAUGAUCCAAUCAAGUGGAAUACCAAACACAGCCUCAAGAGAGUGACCAGCCUCUGUAAGUCUGCCAACAAAAAGGCAUUUUUGGUGCUUUUCUCCAGUUUUUCCGAAGGAGAGGGAGAAAGUAGCCGCUCAACCUUGCUCCAAACAGUGAAAAGUUCAAAAUAUUUUAUACACAGGACUUCCAAAGACAUCAUGCCCCACUGGGGCACCAAGAGACACAGACGUCACAAGAAGCCCCUCAACUUGUCUUUGCCGAGCUCAGAAGAACCAGAGGCCAGAGGCCUGUGCCACAGAGUAGACUUCCAUGUCGAUUUUGAUCGGAUAGGCUGGGGCUCUUGGAUUGUAUACCCCAAGCAGUACAAUGCCUUCCGCUGUGAGGGAAACUGUCCUGUCCCACUGGAUGAGGGAUUCCAGCCCACAAACAGCGCCUACAUGCAGAGUUUGCUGAAAUAUUUUCACCCCGAACGAGUCCCGGCCUCUUGCUGUGUACCAGUGAGACUGCGGCCACUAAGCCUGCUGUACUAUGAAGAAGGAAGGCUAAGUAUUGGCCACCAUGAAGAUAUGAUUGUAGAAGAAUGUGGCUGCCAUUGA